AUUGUGUGAGGUGAGCGAUGAGUAGGGAGAGUAUGUGGGGCGAGGAGGCAAGUCUAGCGAGCGCCACCACCACUUGGUCCGUGGCAAGCGACAAGGACGGAGAACUAGCGAACUGCUCGUUCUCACCUCCAGCAGGAGCUGUCGACUUGGGAUCUGAAGCACUUGAAGGUUGUGUGUUCUCAACUGCGGCUCGGCCCACGUCUUCCUCGUCCACCUGCAGGAGCUCUUACACCAAGCCAGAGACUCUACGUGGUCUUCAGAGAAUGGCGGGAGUGGGUGUUGUGAAGGCGGUGCUGGCGAUAACUGUAGCGGCCACCGCGUGUACCAGGCUGUGUCUUGGUCAGGGCAACUGUUUCCCUGGGGAGAAUGUCAGCUCCCGCCCCAUCGCCAGGAGCGUCGAGAGCUUCGGCCUCUCCCUCUUCACCCAGCUGGCCUCGGCCAAGUCCCAGCAGAGCAUCUUCAUCUCUCCCUACAGCAUCUGGAGCGCCCUCGCCAUAGCCUACUUCGGUUCAGAAGGGAACACAAAGCAACAGUUGGAGCAGGUGCUCAAUGUCGACUCCAAGAUCUCUACCUACUAUGGCUAUGGAGCCCUCAAGCUGCUGCUAGAGACGGACCCCAGCGGCCCCGUGGGGGUCCGCUUCAAGAGCAGCAACAGGGCCUACUUCUCGAACCAGCUGGUGCUAGACAGGUGCCUGGCUACUAUAAUUAACGAUGGUCUACAGACAGUUGACUUCACCCGUCCAGGCUUGGCGCGGAAUCUCAUCAAUGCACACAUCAACGCGACGACGGAAGGCAGGAUCCCUGAACUCGUAGAAUCGCUUCCAGCCACUACACGUUUUGCCCUCAUCAACGCUGUCUUCUUUAAGGGGCUGUGGGCGACGGCCUUCAAACCCGAAGACACUCGCAGACAAGAGUUCAUGAUACCCCCAGGAGUGUCUGGUGGCCAGGUCCAGAUGAUGACGCAGGAAGGAACCUUCAAACACGGUGUAUCAGCAAGCUUGGGAGCAGACAUCUUGGAGCUUCCCUACAGGAACUCCAGCUUCUGCAUGUUCUUGCUGCUGCCCAGCAACACCUGGAGCACUAACUCCAUCCUCAAGAACCUCACGCCGCAGACCUUCUCGGAGGCCUACAGUGCCAUGACUCAGAAGAAGGUAGACGUUGCACUUCCAAAGUUCAAGCUGGAGACUAGGAUUGAGAAAGAACUCAUGAACUUACUGGCCCAGAUGGGAGUGAGGGACUUGUUCGAUGGCUCCAGGUCCAACCUCAGUGAUUUCACCAGGUCAGAGAGACUCUUCGUCGAUACAGUCAUUCACCAAGCCAACGUCGAGGUUACAGAGGAGGGCACAGUCGCCACUGCUGCCACAGUGCUCACUGGCAUGCGUUCCAGAAGCCCGGUACCUAAAAAGUUCAUCUGUAACCGGCCAUUCAUAUUCUUGAUCACGGACAAGGCCAACAGUAUAACACUCUUUGCUGGUCAUGUGGUCAACCCUGCACACCUGGCCAGAGUUUAGUGAUCUCAUUAUUCUCAUACCGCUGGCACCCAUGUGGCUCUCACAAGCUCCAACCCGUUCUCGCACUUUCGUACAGUCAAUAUUGACUUACUAAAUACGUGCAUACGUGACAUACUAAACAUACUAGUUUACCUUAAGCUUCAUAGAAAACACCGACCUUACCUAGCCUUCUUAGUAUGUUAAGAUAAGCAUCUUACUGCUUCGUAAUUACAAUUAUUACUUAACCUAUUAUAGGUAUAGGAUUAUAGGUAAUGGAUGAAAAGGUAUAAGGACUGAGGAUAUAAAUAAGUUUUUAAAUAUAAUGCAAAAUAAAACAUGAAACAAAGGGUAUACAUUAAAUUGAUUCAGUUUAGAUUCUGGAAGAACCUGGGUAAAUACUAAUUGUAUUAAUACUAACCUAUUACAGGUAUAGGUUAAGUAAUAAUUGUAAUUACGAAGCAAUAAGAUGCUUAUCUUAACAUACUAAGAAGGUUAGGUAAGGUCGGUGUUUUCUAUGAAGCUUUUCACGGUAAACUAGUAUGUUUAGUAUGUCACAUAUGCACGUAUUUAAUAAGUCAAUGUUGACUAAGAAAGUGCGAGAACGGGUUGCAAUCUUGCAUGGUUAUUUUGUACAAGACUUGUAAAGUUUCCCAUCAGUGCAUGUUGUAGUUCAAGACACUGUCCCGAGUGUUAACUUAAUUUAUUAUGCACUCCAUACCCAUCCUGUGGGUGGUAGUGAAAAAAGUUAGAUACAUAAUGGGUUUGGACCAGUCCCCCAAAAUUCAUUGAUAUGGAAGUUAGUCUUGAUAAACUAGUUACAUAUGUGGUGAGCUAGUUUCAUAAUUGAUUUGCUUAUCACGUACACCUUCCCCUCUAAUCAUGUGAAUGGUGGUGGAAAGGUUACAAUCACUCAUAUUUACUGUCUACAAACCAAGGAUAUUUGGCAAAAAUUUCUGGUAGAACAUUUUGAAUAUAUUUACACAUUUCUUGAGCAUUUGUUAUAGAGCCAUCUCCAAAUUCACACCUUUUAGAGUGGUGAGAGUUUCAAGCAGUGUAGGUCUUUUCCAAGUGUUGCAACACCAGGAGCUUUCACAGUGGCCAGAGUAUUUUUAAAAUAAAAAAUAAAAAUAAAUGUUUAUUUAGGUAAGGUACAUACAUACAAGAGAUUUUACAAAGAUUGAUGGAUUUAUAGAUAGAGCUAGUACAUACAAUGCCUAAUGCCACUAUUUACGCAAAGCGUUUCGGGCAACUUUUACUCCACACUUUUUAAAUUUUGUACUUUUCUGCUGUAGAAUUUAACUUUAAAUUUGUUUAAUAAUGGGAGUGUUAAUACCAUACUGUAGUAAUAUGGUGCAUUACGUGCUGAAUCAUGUCAAAAGAAAUAUUUAUAGUACAGAGCAUGUCUGGACUCAUUAGCAAGCCACUUCAUGCAAGUCGAAGGUUAAAAAGAAUCAAAAUCUUGGUUCUGUGUUUGUCACGUGUCAAGAACUUGACAAGCAUGCGUGGUUAGGUCUGGCGAUAUUAUUGGAAGCGUUACGUGCCUGACACCCCACACUCAUAACCUAACAAACAUAAUUUUUAGGGUGGUAAUAGUAAUCUCGACACCUAUUCAACACAGUUUGUGGCAAGUGACUCUUGACAUGUUAUGGAACUAUUGGUUGGCUAAUAUAUUGUACUCUAUACAGUAGCUAAAAACCAAAUUACAAUAGAGCAGGAAAUCAUAAAUUAUGGUACUCUUGGAAAAAUGGAAAUCCUAACGAAGUUUGAUAGUACAGGUGUACUGUAAAUAUGAUAAUCAAAAAGUGAACUGGAAUUUUAGAACUUGGAAUUAAUCAUGAAUUUUGAGCUGCUUGGAGAAAUGCGACACUUCUCGCAGCAAACCUUGAAUGAAGCUUCAAGUUCAUGUAGUAGAGAUUUUUUUUAAGUUUAUUGUGCACUCUGGCCAUAACCAUCAUGUGGGUGGUAGUGGAAAUGAUUAGAGGUACAAUAAUGGGCUCAGGAAUUGAACCCCACAAUUCAUUUGGCUAAGUACCCAAUAACUCUUGAUAAGCUAUAUACAGAGGUCCACAUGCUUUUCAAACCCUAGGGACUGGACUGAACAGAUAACUUGUGUCCAGAUAAGUGGUUUGUCAUCCUGAAAAUCUAGGGGGAAAAAAAUUGAACAUUUUGUUGCAGAAAUUACAGUAUUUUAUUUGUAGUCACCAAUAUGAGAAGUUCUGAUCCCUUGUUAACUUAGAUUAUAGUUAAUAGAGCAUUGUUUUUUAGAUACAAAAAAUGUGAUGGUGGAUGAUAGUGGUAGGUUGACUGAAGUGAACCUGAGUAGACUACCUUUUACCACGUACUCUAAUGUAUUUAAUGCUAUGGCAGAGUUGAAAGCUUCUGAGCCACCCAUUAGUGUAUGAACACUGCUCAAGUGGUGCUGUGUAGUCACUGGGCAAAUUUGUUUUAGUUCCAUCUUUAUCACUUUUUUCUCUCUGCCUCGCCACUGAAUCAAACUUUGUAUUCGGACAAUCCCAAAACGCAUAAGUGGCAUCCGGUAGGCAUGUGGUCGUCUGUAGUUUAAUGUAACAAUCAUUAAUGGGUUAAGAACUGGACCAUAAUUUAAGCAAAGGAUUUUAAAUUUGUGGUGAACUAGUCACCCAUAAUUGGAUUUGCUUUUGAACUCCAUACCAUGCAGUGGGGCCCCUUUUUACAAAUCUUUAUUUCUGAAAUAUAUAAUUUAUGUACAUUCAUAUCAAAGUAUUGCACCAAGUAUUGGUAGUGGAAUAAUACUGUAAUUUAAAUCUUUCAACUACUGUUUGAUAAAUAAAAUUAUAAAAUGU